AUAGCAAUUCAAGUUAUCCUUGUGGCAACAGUGCGGUGUAACGUUGUCAGACUACUAAUGUCUUUAUUAAUCACAAAAAAAAAUCGUAAACAGUUUUGUAAUAGUGUAUACAACCGACUUGAAGAUGAUGUACAGAAUAAUUAUGUAUUCAAGUAUUUUGUAAUUUAAUGAACGCGCCGUGUCUAAUGCGCAAGACUCCCGCCUGGUAUACGCAGGAUGUUAUCGUAUGCUGCUAGGAUACGACGCAAGUGAAACCGAAGCGCUUCGACGGUAACCGUCCUAGUGACGUCACAGCGAAAGUGCCGCGCCACAGUGCCACCGGCCAGGCGACCACCGCGACCACAGUUCAGUCGAAGAGCAACAUCCGCGCGGCUCGGUCACCCGUCAUGGACGAAUAACGACAAUAAUCCACAAUGUCGUUCCGGAGGCUGAUGAGCGCUGUGCGAUCUGCGCGGGAAGCCAUAGCCAACAGCGCGCCCCUGGCGGACCGACUCCUCAAAUCGCUGCUUUCCGUCGUGGUGAUACUGUGCAUAGCGGUGUCCUCUCCACCGCCGGCUUCCGCGAAGCCUUUUGCUAUAAGCUUCCCGGCAGGCUGGUCCCUUGCCGGCUUCGUGGGCAGUGUGGGCGCUCGAGCGGAUGAACCCCAGCGGAAGGAGCCGGCGGCAGGCGUGAAGCCUUACACGGGCCGACGAAUCAGCAACGAUACAUUGAGAAUGAUAUACUACCACGACCAGACCGUGGCGGUCGUGGAGCUAGGAACGAACAAGUUAUUGCUCAACUGCGAACUCAUCGAGACAUACGAUGAAGAAGAUACGAAGAGACUGCUCCGUCAGUUGAGCUCCAUCAACCGUCCUCUGGAAGUCACCUUCCAGCAAAUGGUGAAUCUAAUGGCACAAUGCCAACAGGUAGAAGGUGUAGAAGCUCAAGACGAGACGGGACGAGAGUUCAAUGGCUGGAGAGAAAAGAGUAGCAGUGCAGCGGCUAAAGCGCGGCUGGACGCAGGAGGAGCACACGCAGGGCUCCUGGGCGGCAGUCCGCUCACACUCCUCCAGGGCAUCAUCCCUGGUACAAAAUGGUGCGGUACUGGGGAUAUAGCCGCCGAUUACCAUGACUUGGGCGCUGACAGGCGACUGGACCGCUGCUGUAGAACCCAUGACCUUUGCCCAACUAAAGUUAGAGCAUUCUCCAAACGCUACAACCUUAUUAAUAAUUCUUUAUACAGCAAAUCGCAUUGCGCAUGCGACGACAUGUUAUUCGACUGUUUGAAAGCCACUAAUACAUCCGCCUCACAUCUAAUGGGCCAUAUUUAUUUUAACCUAGUUCAAGUCCCGUGCUUAGAAGACAUUCCAAACGGAAGACGGUUUAGGAACGCGAAAGAAGGUUUUUGAUAAUAGCUGGAUCUAUCGACAAGUAGUGCAAUCUUUUAACAGCGCCAUCUACAUACUGUGCAUUCGUAUUUAACAUAAUAUAUUUAGUAUCAGUGCUUGUUCACGUUAACUCGCGGACGUAAGGGCCGGCCCACUAUCGAGAUACCAAAUAGGUGACGUAUUAUUAAAAUAAAGACGUAAGAAAUGCAGGUGCUAUAAAAUGUAAGUAGCCGCCUCGUUGGAUACUGGCACAUGCAGUGAGCUCGCGACUGUAUAUGUUUACGUUAAACUAGAUUAGGACCGCGGGAUUCAAGCGUGGCGCCCGUGGAGUUAAUAAGUACCUACAAUACUAACUCUAUGGGGGCGCCAUAUUAGAUUGAACUUGUUGUUAAAUGCGUAGAUUAGGCAAACAUCCUGGCCUUUUGAACUUUCCAAGAGUAAGUAACGCGAUCGUCGCCGCCAGCGCGUCCUCGUCGAUACGUGUGAAACAAGCACUUAAAAUUAUUAACUGAAGCGUUUGUUAAUUAAGACCAUGUACAACUUUACUUCACGUUGUUUGCCUGUUUUACACAAAUAAAAACUAAAUUUCACAUUCCAGUAGGCUUAGUUGUAAAUAAAAUCCUUCGAUUUGUCAUGUACGGAAACUGUGAUAGUCUGUGCCUUCAAGAAAAACAUUGGAUGUUUUGGUGGCUCUCCAAAACGCGAAAAAUAAUAAUAUGAAAUAGUUUAAGAUAAUAUUUAUUUUAUUAGAAAAAAUAAUAAUUUUAUGUUUGACACAAACUUUUAAGACGAAAGAAUUUUGUAUUAAUAUAAAACUAUUCGUCAGAUAUUGUACCAAAUAUAAUUUAUUAAUGUUAUAAA